AUGGAGGGCUCCGCCCCACGCCUCGUUCUCUUCCCUGUGCGCCUUCACGAGUUCGCUCGGGAUAAGUUUGCGGGUUCGGGAAGGCUGAACGUGGGCGCCGACUCCGUCCAGCGCGGGGUGGAAGGACUCGCCUAUCUUCUCACCGAAAGCUCCAAGCUUAUGAUUUCUGAGACAGACUUCCAAGAUUCCAUUCAUGUUCUGGGAUUCUCAGAUGAAUUGAACAAAGUACUGCUGCAGCUGUACCUGGAUAACAGGAAGGAGAUCAGAAGCAUCCUUGGCGAGCUGGCACCGAAGCUCCCCAGCUACCACAGUCUGGAGUGGAGACUGGACGUGCAGCUUGCAAGCAGAAGUUUGAGGCAACAGAUUAAGCCUGCCGUGACUAUAAAGCUGCAUCUUAACCAGAAUGAAGAACAAACUGCCCAAGUGUUGCAAACGGACCCGUCCACUCUCCUCCACCUAAUUCAGCAGCUGGAGCAAGCGCUGGGGGAAAUGAAAACCAACCACUGCAGGAGAAUAGUGCGCAACAUGAAAUAG